ACACAGGAUGCCCAAGUUUUAUAUAAUUUUCGUCUAAUUUCUCAAUAAAAUAUUUUCCUCGUGUUCUUUUUGUUCUUCUUUUUAUUUUAAAUUACAGUAAUAAGUUUUGAUAUCCUGCUAUUUUAAAUCAAUCAUUCAAUAAAAUAAAUAAUAUAGAUUGGGCUCCCUGUGUAGUAGUUCAAAAUCCAAUAUGGCGGACGAAGUUGAGGCUUUAGAAGUUCCUGCAAAAUGUCUCACACAGAUGGCCGAUAUCGUCGAAAACAUCCUCAGUUUUGCACCAGGGAGAUCUUUAGAGUCUGCAGCCAGUGUUUGCAUGUUGUGGCGUGAGAUUAUUCAGCGAAUUCGGAAAACGAGACGAGAUUGCGUGACACUCACAGUCGGCAAACUCAAUUCUCACAAACCAUGUUUUGAUUUUUCUUACUCUUUAACAAAUGUAGCUACAGAACCGCAAGCAGCUUUGUUAUUCACCCACAUAUCUUCUGCAUCAGCUCCAAUUCCUCCGUACAUGAAGGAUUUUUCAAAAUAUUUAAGAAUCAACCAAGCUUCUUUACCAAGACGAUGUGUUCUUGUGGGAUGUGGCACUUUAGGAAUUUAUCAUUUAGGAAAAAACUCACCAAUUUUUUUCAGUGGAAAUAAUUUAUUAUCAAAAGAGGAUGCUAAUAAUCAGCAUGCAAUGGUUCUAUUUCCACGCGCGCUUGGAGUGCAAGUUUGCAGUUUUCAUGUUCCAUUACGUAAUAAGUACAAAAGCAUCAGUGGGAUAGACUCGUUUUUACCGGUUAUGGAAGAACCUGUCAAACUGGUUCUCGUACUUGCACAUCCCUUAUCACUGGGAAAACUUACGAAUUUUGCUGUGAACGUAAAGAAAAAGUAUGGUGGAAAAACAGUAAUUGCUGGUUGCUAUAGUGACUGCGUGCUCUUCCACCAAUCAACUGCGUCUUUCCGUGAAAUUGUUGGCCUUGUUUUCGCUGGAGACUUGGUAUCUGCUUCGAUUGUCAUCAACAGCUCAAGAGAAAACGAAAUACUAGAAAACCUACAUAAAAAUCUGGUGAGACUUAAAUCUACUCAAAUACAAAAUACUAUGGCGUUGAUGUUUAGACCUCCUACACACCAGCAUGUGGACGGGAAUAUGCAAUGUAGGGCUUUCCAACAUCAUUUUCCAGGCGUUCCUGUGGUCGUUGUUGACGGUUCUGCAGUUUAUGGUUGCGAUACUGUUGAAUUGGAAAGAUCUGCGAGCCAAGCAGGAGGGAGAGACUUUCUACACACCCAAUCGACGAUUCUGUGCAUGUUUUCUUUAUCUACUACACGCAGUUAGGAAUGCUAUCAGUCAGGGUGCACCCUGGAAUACUUGA